GCGAGCCAUGCGAUCGUGCACAACUGUCAUCGUGAUCGACGACAGCGACGACGGCUAUAUCGCAUCCGACAAGUCCGCCUGCCCCAAGGAGAACGUCGACCCGUGGGAUAUCCCAGAUCCAGAGAAAGACCGCCCCUUCAAGAUCCAGUCUCUCGACCCGCGUGGGUCGCAGAAUGCGUGCGAGGAGUGCUACGCGCAGAAGGAGGUCCUCUUCCCAUGGAUGACCUGGCAGCAGUUCCUCGACUUGGGCAAGGACGUGCCUGACUUCCACCAUGUGUGCGAUAAGGCUAUGGAGGUGGCAGCUGGCAAACGGAAGAGGGAGACGAUGGAGCAGGACAUCAGUAAGGUCGCCCACAUCGGUUGCCGCAUCGAGCAGGAGGCCGAGCUUGCGACCGAACAGGUGAUCAAGAGGCGUUGCAGCGGGGUCACUCCGAAGUGCCUCGGGAUGAACCCCGUGGAGCUCCUGGACAAGAACGGCAUUGAGGUUGCGUCCGGUUACCCUGUGGCCGUCGAGGGGGCGCCGCAGAAGAUCUACUUCUACACCGACAUCGCCGUGAAGAGGGGUAUUCCAGUGAUGGGUUCGCGUGAAAACGUGAACGACGUGCAGAUCGCGCCGAACGUCAAGCGGGCCUUCGACAUCGAUGACUUCGGAGGCGGCAACAUGCGAAUUCCGAGUGGUUUGAAGACGUGGGACCAGCUUGAAAUACGCAGCAGGACCAUCAGGCAGAAGCGCGACGAGCUGACUAAUAAGAGGUCUGCUGAGAAAGGCAAGCCAACUAAAAAAGGUGAUGGUGACGACGCGAGCUUCAAUGACGACGGUUCUGACUAUGAAGGCAUUGAAGGGUCUCCUGGAGCUGCUGCUUCGACCGCGGCUCCGCCGAGCACCCCUGGCUCCCAGCGGGAUUCUUCUCGAUUUGGUGAUCAGCCGAAGUCCGUAUCGAAGGCGUCCGCAUCGGGUUCGAAAGACCGAUUGCCGUCACCAAGUCCUCCUGCCCGUUGGGAUGAACCUGGUGCGAUCAAGGCCAGCGAGAAGGAUGGCACUUUGAAGAAGACGGCUGGAGGCUACUACGUCAAAACCCCGAAGUACUGGAUAAAAGUCCUCGACUUGGCGCAGGGCGCAGGUGGCAACACCAUGUCCAAGGAGGUCGACCAGGCCAAGCUUUGCCGCACAAGGGAGGGCAAAACCACGGAUGCCGACAGGCUUGAGAAGCACAUCGAUUUGUUCAACGACAGCCUGAAGCUUUCACCAUCGCAAGUCCAUCUCAUGUCCGACGACGCGCUGAGGAUCCUGAUCGAAAAGCUGGAGCAAGUCAGACCGCAACCAGCGUGGCUGCCCGAGACGAAGCAGGGUCUGACAUUGAGGAAAUUCCAGUCUUUGUCUGACCUGACGCUGCGGCUCUCCUCAAACAGCGAUCCCACGUGGACCGAGCUCGUCUGCGCACUCGACCCGAUCGGCAACAACAAGAAACACACCUUCGAUAUGCUCAACCCGUCGUACCACGCGAUCGUGAAGCAAGUUGGGAAGACGGCUUACUACGACUUCGCAAAGGAGGAGUACUUCGGCAAGGUCAUCCUCAAGCUCCUGUGCAUGAACAGCGCUGAGGGGGACCGUAGGCUCAGGGAGAUGGGCGUCGAAGCGAAGAAGGUGUUCAGUUUGCCAGAGGACUUGCAGCUGGAGGGCUGGGUGGUGGCCGACGACUUCUUCUCGAUGAUCGCGCCGUCGCUGGCCAAUUGCCAUCGCGCGCAGACCUUGCUUGCAGAAUACGUCAAGCCGAACGCGAAGUACGACGAGUACUACCAGGAGGUGAAGGCCAUGCUGAACAAGAUGGAGCUCGCAGCGAAGAGUGGUGAGCGCGAGACGCCUCCAGUGUUGACGAACGUCUGCGCCAAGCUGUUGGGCUGGGAGCAGUGCAUGCCCAAGGGCUCCUGCAGUCGGGUCAGGGACUUGCUCUGGACGCAGGUGAUGAGCACCUAUCAGGCCCAGGCUGGCCACAGCGAGGAGUCGAGCCCAGAAGAGUCCAGGGAUAUCACAUCGGAUCGCAUGACUACGAUCACUGAGCUGAAGGGGUUGCUUACAACUGCCAGGGAAGUGUUCGUUGAUAGGGUCGAGCUGAGGGGCUACAUCGAGAAGUUGAACCGCGUUAUCGGCUCAUUCGAUCAGGAAAAGAGGGUAACAUAUAUCAACGACAUGUGCAUCGAUUACCAGACCACGAAGGACAUCAAGACGUUGGUCAGGCUGGAGAACGUGCUGGGCCAGCUCCAGGAAGGGGAGGUCCUUCCCCAGGCAGCCCUCGUCUCCAUCUCGAAUGCGGUCAAUCACGCUUCGCAGCACAUGAUCGAGGUGGCCAAGAGGGACAGCGAGCAGGCCCCAGGAGAGUCUUCAGACACGGAUGGCAAGCACGUCGAUGCGGUCUACCUCAUUACGAGCGCUGUCGGACGGAUGGUACCCUUCCUCAAGGCGAGCACGGAACAUAUCAUGAUCAAGCGUGGCAAGUACGCCGAGGGCAUUGUGGCUACAGCAAAGAACUUCGUCAACAUGACGGAGGUGACCAAGUGCGUGAUGGCGAUGGGCCCAGACGCGGAUGCACGGUCCAAGUCAGAGCAGUGCAUGCCUCGCUUGCUGGAGCUCGGUCGGGCCUUGACCUCCUUCGAGAGUGCGAUCCAGACGUGGAAGGGGGACGGCGGAGACCCGAACUUCGGUCGCAGCGAGUGCGAGCGCUCCGUGCAGACCAAGCAGGAGGUCGCCACGGCGUUCAUCAAGAACCUGAAGGAGAAUAACCUCAAUGCCAUGCAGGACGCGGAUAAGAUCUACGGCAUGAAGGGCUCGACGGUGCCGACUUGGCACGAUGGCCUGAGUGCCGACGUGAAGUGGGCUGGGCUGAUCGAGACGAAGCAGGCUAGCGACUUCCACGCGAAUGUGUGCCUGGACGCACUGAAGGCCAAAUGCGAGGAGGUUUGCCAGGUCUUGCGCCAGCACGACGACAUGUUCGCGUCCGUGAAAAUGCUUGUCGUCAAAUGGGACGAGAUGAUGCAGCUACGAGCGGACCUGAGCGUGCUAUACACGGAGCUCCUCAUCCUGGACAAGGCUGGCAAUUCGAAUAUCCAGAAGGCAGAGCUCCGCAGGCACGCCAUGGCCGCCAAGGCGUUCUGUCAGGACAUGGGCGGCGAACAGGCCGCGAAGGCGGUCUUCGCCCCCAUCGCCAUGAAGAUGAAGCUUGCGCUUCAGGGCAAGGCCUAG